CAACGCGGUGGCUCAGACACUGUCACCGCUGGGCCUGGCGCAGGCAGCACCACCCGACACCCACAGCAGCUGGCCGGGUGCUCCUCCCCAGGGGCAGCCGCAGCGGGGCCGGGGCAGAGGAGGGACGUUGGCCCCUGGGGCUGGGACGCGCUGGCCCUGGCUGGCGGGGAAGCAGGAGAGGUGGCCGUGCCGGUGGCUCUGAUCCCCAGGCCAGCGGGGAGCAUCGGGGGAUAACCCGGCGCGGAGCGCAACGCGGGUGCAGGCCCGGCAUGGACGGGGCUCCGCCGCCCGCCGGGCUCUCGGCCUACGUGGCCGUGUCGCAGCUGCUGGGGCUGACGCUGUUGGCCACCACGGGCGCCUGGCUGGGCCGCUACCGGGGCGGCGUGGCCUGGCACGGCCACCUCCAGUUCAACGUCCACCCCCUCUGCAUGGUGCUGGGCAUGGUUUUCCUCCAAGGUGACGCUCUCCUGGUCUACCGGGUCUUCAGGCAGGAAGCCAAGCGCUCCACCAAGGCGCUGCACGCGCUGCUGCACGGCCUGGCGCUGCUCAUCGCCCUCGUGGGCAUCGUCGCCGUCUUCGAGUCCCACCGGAGCAAGGGCAUCCCCAACAUGUACAGCCUGCACAGCUGGUGCGGGAUGGCCGCCUUCGUGCUCUACCUCCUGCAGUGGCUCCUGGGCUGCGGUUUCUUCCUGCUCCCCCGCGCCUCCUUCUCGCUGCGCAGCCGGUACAAACCCCAGCACGUCUUCUUUGGCAUCGCCCUCUUUGCCCUCUCCAUCACCACCUGCUUGCUGGGCAUCACCGAGAUGCUCCUCUUCAACAUCAGUGACUCCUACAGCCGCUUUGUGCCUGAGGGCGUCCUGGCCAACACGCUGGGGGUGCUGCUGGUGGCCUUUGGGCUGGUGGUGGGCUACGUGCUGACACGGGACGACUGGAAGCGCCCGCCACUGGCCGAGGAACUGGCCCUCUCCAUGGACUUCAAGACCCUGACGGAGGGUGAGAGCCCCGGCGGCAGCAGCCAGUGAUGUCCCCAGCUCCCCUGUCCCCGGCACGGGCACCUCGUGGUGUCUGUGGAAUGUCCCUGUCUACCUCGUCCCCAGUGUCUUGGGGCUCUGACCGGCUCAGGGUGACGAGGACAGCUGGGGAAGGACACGCUUGUUGGUGUAUCGCUGCCCAUUGGGUUCAGCCUUGCUUGGCCUUAAUCCUUCUCAGUUCUGUCCCACGCAGCCCCCGGUGACCCCCCGAGCCUGACCCCAGCCCCAUGGGGACAGCGGUGCCACAGGCAGGGGCAGGGGCUGGCAGCAUCGCUGGGGCACGAAGGACGGGGGUCCCUGGGCUCUGCCCUGCUCUGGGGGCCGGGGGGUGGGAGCCCAGAUUUCUCCACUGAGAGCGGCCAAAGCCCAUGGCCCAUUCCCAGCGCCCACGGGCAGAGGGGAUAGUUGCCAUCACCCAGAUUUCCCACUCUCCGGCAGCCCAUUGGCCCCCAGCCCAGCCGCGCGUGGGGGCUGCUCUCCCCACAGAGCUCCCCAGGGGCUCGGAGCGACCCGGCAGCUGUGUGGGUUCAGCAUCUUCACGUCCGAAAUGUUUUCCCCUGUCGUACGAUGUGUUGUCUGCUCAGUGGAUGCUCCUGACCCAA